GGCAUAUCUAGCAAUCUCUGCGUCUAAUUCCGCCUCUGACAUGGAUUCGAUCAUUGGCAGAGGCUUCACUGAUUGAUCGAGCUGUAUUAAACGAUUAAUUCGCUGUUCGCCUUCCAAGGUUUAAUGACGUACCAUCAACCAUCGUGUCUCGGCAGCACGAAUGGAAGUAUCUAGGUGUGAAGAAAGUUCAUUCAUACCCGACGGCAUGCCAGACUGGGGCAUCAAGCUGGCGGCUGGCGGCGGAAAGUCCUGCUGACCAUUCGAAAGUUCGUUCGCAAGUAUGCUGAGCGUAGCCUCAACAAUUCUGCUGGCUUGACUCCCGUGUAUAGCAUGCGCGAACUGAUGAUGAGCCAUCCGGCCGGUCGAGGAUAGUUCCAAGAGCAUUCGGCGGAGGCUGAGCAACGCAGCCCAUGGCACGCCCUGGGUUCCGCAGUACAGCCAAGUCCUGCAGGACGCGGCAAGCACCCGAGGCGAGAGACAUCGCCAGAUAGGACGCUCCGCCAAGUCCCAGAGAGCUUGACCCUCUCUCCGCGACCAUAGCUUUCGGGGGCGCGAAGACGCGGGUGUAUUGUAAAGUCUUGAGACGCAUCGCACUGCCGCGUCGCUGUCAUCGCGCGCAGGGCCGAGCCAGACGAUCGUUCUCGUCACUCCGUCCUCCUGGAAAUCCGCACCGCGCGCGUCCUUUUCGUCGCUCGGGCGUCGGAGAAGAAAAUAGCGCACGCCGGUCUCACGCUUGACAUCAUGCAGGACGUCGACAAGCUCAUGGUGAACAUGCUGACCGGCGUCCAAAGCAACUACAACGACGUGAAAACUUGGGAUGUCCUCACCAGACGUGAGAAACGGGCGGAAGCCAUGCUGCUCCGUAACCUCCAGAAGCUGAAGCGGGUCGUCUGGCGGUGCAUCUUGGCGUGCGCAGUUCGACAUUUGGUGCGGUCCAGAGUCCCAGAAAGACGCCUUGAAGGAAGAUGCAAGACAGCGCAAGUAGCAGGAAGGCCGGACAAGUCUGCCUGUCAGAGGCUUCAGGAAGGAAAGAAGACAGGCGGGGAAGAAUAUCAGUCAGAGCGACGCUGGUAUCGGAAUCGAAGGUGUCCGGUCCUGCUUCACGAGUGGGUGUGGGAGUGAGACAACAGCAGGGCUACCAGGCCGAGACACCAAUCCACAUGAUGUGUGAUGUAGCCCAGUUCAGAUGCGCUUCGGGCCGCCCGCAGUGUGCGUCCAGAGUCGCAAGGCUGUUCGCGACGUGCGAGUUUGUUCGGACGAUGCCUUUUCAUGGGACGCAGGACCGUCGUCGUGGUGUUCUGUGGCUGGUUCACGGGGCCUCAGUGGAUGUCCUUUCAUUGGCUCCUCUCGUGUUGACGACGAUCCGCCAAUAGACAGGGCUCCUGGAGUGGGUGUGAACAGAAACGGAAUGCAAGGGCUGACUACGGAAUAUAGCAGCGCGGACCGCAAGAUAUGUAAUUGUCUUGUGAUGCACUCGAACGCCUUGAAUUCCCGUAUGUGACCAUGACGGUGUUCGCAUACCUUGCUCCAACUGUUCAUGCCUGCAGUGCGGCCGUGCCGAUCUGUUCCACACCAACCUAAAGCCGCUGCCUUCAGAUCGGCGAACUCUAGAUUAGGAUUUACUAUGGCUACACAAUGUACAAGGGGUAUACACGCUAGAACCCAAAAGAAUCCAACAAGCUGUUCGCAUCCGGUUCCACAAAUUGCGUCGGAGGAGGCUUCUGCUUCUUCUUAUCGUCGUCCUCAUCCUUCUUCUUGUCCUUCAUGUUCCUAAACCCAUUCGUUUGAAUUUCGUUGGUCUCCUUCUCAUCUUCGAAGAUUGCGCUGCCAUCUGCCAGCGACGGCUUCUUGUGAUGGUCCACCGUCGGUGAGAGCGGUAAAUCCGCAACUACAAGUGAGCUUCUUCUGCGCAGUAGCCGCUUGGGGUCGAUGUCGAACCCGUCAAGCGCUGAAGGCGGUGGGUUGAAAUAAAUCUGCGAUUUCGGUCCUAUAUCCUUUUCCCUCAAAACCACUUCAGCAAUCGAAGGUUGUUUGACAACAGGGAUCUUCGGCACUGAAAUCUGAGGCUGUGGAAUCAAGAACUCCCAACUACGGACUAAGUCCAGCGCAAGCAGAUCACAUCCCAUGCGCUCAUACAAACCAGCUGUAUGCGUGAUGAACUCCCAUUCAGCUCGAGGCGACACCGAGAGCGCGCCGCGAAGUGUCUGCAGCGACUUCUCGCGCAACUGUUUGUACAGCACGACAAGAGCGGGAUCGUCAGUCAAGAACAGCUUAGAUUGUAAGUUCGGUGUUUCCGGAGGCGAGAGGAGGGAAUCGAGAGGUAGCUGUGUCACAUCGUUAGCUCUAAGGACGGAAUCA